AUGGCAAUUGCUUGGGGCAGCAAGGACUUUGCCAAGGAGCUUUCGGAUGUCCAGAAGCUUUUGAACUUCUCUCCGAAUCCACAGCUCCAGGCGAGUCUUUUGAAUGUCUUGCAAAAGAAGGUCGUGACUGCCGACAGUUUGCCGGCACGGGAGUAUGUGAACAUGCUCCAGUCUGUGGAACAGUCUGGAUUGGACGAAAAUACAAAAAAGGCAUUGAGUGAUGCUCUUUUGAAGAAUGCUUCAGGUGGCAGCACGGAAGGUGGCUGCAAGCUCGUCAAAGUUCCGCAGACACUGAAGAACCCAGUGGCUUAUUUGACGAAAGAGGAAAUCGUGCAAAUUAUGCAAGGUGACAUCAAGGACGCCCCGAUCCUCAUUGCCAGACGGCUUCGGGUGAUUGGCUUGACGAGCCGCAAAGAAUGUACGAAGAAAUCCUGUGUCACUUUGCAUGUGCAAGCCCAUCUUUGGCAGAAUCUCCAACAACCAGAUGCAGACAAAAUCUACAAAUUAGCGACUGACUUCCAGGACGUUUUUCACAGCCUGAACGUACAGAGUGAUGUGCCUGCCUUCCGGACAUAUCCAGACGAUCCUCGAGAGUUGGGACCAGAUUGGAUUGCCAAAGCCUGCAUAGGUUCUCACCCCAGCUGUGCAGAGCUGCCACAGCUGCAUGUCUUGUCCAAGUCGUGCCCAAUCCGCACCACCAGCCGGCUGCUCAAAGGCACUUCUCAGGGUUCCAAUCAGCUUGCUUGCAACAUGUCCAUGCAUGCCAUGCAGCAAAAGACUUGGCUGGAGACCAUGAAAGAAAAGCUUGCCGAGGAGGAAGCCAGACAAGCUGCACUCAAGCAGACGAGGUCCAGUUGCUGCCGACACCUGCAAAUACCUCUACUGCACGUACCGGCUCAGAGCCCCGCCGAUGCUCCGGAAAACAAGUGUCCGCAAAAGCAGUCGGUGCCAGGGGCAAACGAAGGCAAAAGCUUGGAACAGUACGAAGCAGAGGCAUUGGCACAAGUGGAGAAUAAGAAAGCACCGAAGCAGGAGAAGAAGAAUGGGAAGCCCUGCAAUCAGAAGAUGCCACAGCUCUUCAAAAAGCCUGCAGCGAAGUGUGUUGAGAAACACCCGAUGAACAAAGAGAAGAAGGCUGCCAAGCAGGACGGAAGGCUCACCUGCUGGGGCUGUGCAAGAUGCCGUGGCAAUGUGUAUGGCUGCGACAAUUGCAAUUUCGAUGGGUUCGCCGGUGUGCGACUCAACGGUCGGGCCGAAUGGAAGAAGCACAUGGAGGAACGGAAGAAGGCGGCCAAGCACUGA